AAAAAAAAAAAAAUACGAACUCGAAAUCUCUCUCGUCUUGUUGUUGCUUACCAUUGAAGCUAUCAAUUUCUCCGUUUGAUUUCUCUCUUCUCAAAACCUAUUUCGACGGAUUAUUCCGAUUCCUGUUUCCCCGACCUUCACGCUUCGUACUUUUGUUUUUUGAAAAAUUCGUGUUUCAGGAAGAGCGCAUGUGUAGAGUUGGUGGUGUAAUUCAGAAAACUUUCCGGAGAUUUUUUGGUGAUGUGUUGUUCGUAGGUAAAUUUUGAAAUUUUGGAUUUAAUGGUUGAGGAAGAUAGAUGGUGUUUCUUCAAUGGAUCUGUGAAGACGAGAUUGUUGGAGAUUGAUACUUAUCUUAUUCGUCUUUAUGGCUUUGCUUGAUUAAGAAAUUGUGUGAUUGUUUUGGGGAGGGGUUUAAACAUGGAUGGAGAGGUUACUUCUUGGAUUAGGAGAGCAAAUUUCUCUCAUACUGUUUGUUAUCGUAUGAUUACGCCGAGUUUAGAAUCUAUGCCUUUUACUGUAAACCAAGAGAAGAGUUCUGGAUUGAAAAGAAUGACUUUGAGUUCACCAUCUGAUUUGAAAUCACUUGUAGGAAUUUGUCAGAGUACGCAGCAGCUGACUGGUUUGAGUUGUGGUAGUGUUGUUGGUACUGAAGUGCAGAGGAAUCCAGUUACUAAUAAGAAGAGAUCUGUUUCUCCGUUGCCUCAUAUGGCUCUUUCUGAUGCUUUUAUCGAAGCAAAGUCUGAUAUUAAGAGGUUUUCUACUCCACAUCCUAGAAGAGUGGAACCAGAGAAGGGAAUGAAGGCCAAGUCGUCGUCCCGCAAAGAUUCUUCUGAGAAAAAAUCAGUUAAUCUACGGUCCCUGUCUCACUCGGGUCCUAUUAGGGAUCUUAGUACGCAGAAAGUUAAAGAGAGGGGAAAGAGCAAGAUAGAUAAGAAGUCUUCAAAGUCUGUUGACUAUAGAGGUUCUAAAGUAAGUUCUGCAGGAGUGCUUGAAGAAUGCCUCAUUGAUGUGUCUAAGUUGUCUUAUGGGGAUAGGUUUGCUCACGGGAAAUAUAGCCAGAUUUAUCAUGGUGAAUAUGAAGGCAAAGCUGUUGCUCUGAAGAUUAUCACAGCGCCUGAGGAUAGUGACGACAUAUUCUUGGGAGCUCGUUUAGAAAAAGAGUUUAUCGUGGAAGCCACUCUUUUAUCUCGACUAAGCCAUCCAAAUGUCGUUAAGUUUGUUGGAGUGAAUACUGGAAACUGUAUCAUCACAGAGUAUGUACCUCGAGGGUCUUUAAGAUCAUAUCUGCACAAGCUCGAGCAGAAAUCCCUUCCUUUGGAACAGCUAAUCGAUUUUGGUCUGGAUAUUGCUAAAGGAAUGGAAUAUAUUCACUCAAGAGAGAUAGUUCAUCAGGAUCUGAAGCCAGAAAACGUGUUGAUCGACAAUGACUUUCACUUGAAGAUUGCUGACUUUGGCAUAGCGUGCGAGGAGGAGUACUGUGAUGUUUUGGGGGAUAACAUAGGAACUUAUAGGUGGAUGGCACCUGAAGUUUUAAAACGGAUACCACAUGGACGGAAGUGCGAUGUUUAUAGUUUUGGACUUCUUUUAUGGGAAAUGGUAGCUGGAGCACUUCCAUAUGAGGAGAUGAAAUUUGCUGAACAAAUUGCCUACGCAGUUAUAUACAAGGUAAAUCAUUCUGCAUCUCCUCCUUAUUUCAUGAUUGUGAUCUAGUUAUAUACAAGGUAAAUCAUUCUGCAUCUCCUCCUUAUUUCAUGAUUGUGAUCUUGCAUAGAUCUGACUGAGUUAGAUCAUUAUUGUUCAGUUGUUAUUAAACAUUUCAUUGUUUCGAUAUUGGCCAGAAAAUUAGGCCAGUUAUACCGACGGAUUGUCCAGCGGCCAUGAAAGAGCUGAUCGAGCGAUGUUGGUCAUCGCAAACAGACAAGAGACCGGAAUUCUGGCAGAUUGUCAAAGUGUUGGAACAUUUCAAGAAGUCUCUAACAAGCGAAGGAAAACUUAAUCUUUUACCUAGCCAGAUCUGUCCAGAACUAAAGAAAUGUCCUAAAUUCUGGAUUCAUAUAUUCGGAUCAUUCCACCACCACAGCAGCGGUGGCGGCAGCAGCAGCAACAACUCAGCCUUACCUAAGCCUAAAUUCGCUUGA